AUGAGCUCCCACCAGCUCUCACCGGCACCCGAAAUCGCUACAGCAAACUCUCCAAUGACGACGAAGCACCUCUACGACACCACCGAUGGCCUCGUACUCAAAGCACUUCGUGGAUUUGUAGCAAUGAGUCCGGGGGUAUGCCUACACGAAGGUUCCAAGACAGUGUUCCUCCCACCUUCUUCCCAUCGUCCCGAACAACGUGUGGCAGUCAUCGCAGGAGGAGGCGCAGGCCACGAACCCGCACAUGCUGGCUACGUCGGAAGCGGCAUGCUGAGUGCCGCUGUAUGUGGGGAAGUCUUUGCUAGUCCCAGUGCGAAGCAAAUCGGGUGUGCUAUCGCCCUUGCCAGCGCAGGAGAGCGAUGUGGAGAUGGCGAAGAAACAUCAGCCCAAGACUUGAAGACAGGAAGGGAUGUGUUGGUCGUCAUCAACAACUACACCGGAGACAGACUCAACUUCGGCCUAGCCAUCGAGAAAGCCAGGGUUUUGCUGGCCCCUCUCCGGAUCGACAGCGUCGUCGUCGCAGACGAUGUCUCACGCCUACCCUUAUUCCUGCCCACUUCUGAACCCAACAACACAACCGAGCCUCUAGUCGGCGCACGGGGCCUCGCAGCCAACAUCCUCGUGUGCAAGCUCCUUGGCGCUCUCGCCUUCGCUGGCACCCCCCUCUCUGUCGUGAAGUCUUUCGGCGACGCUGUAGUGGCACACCUAGCAACAGUCGGCGUCGGAUUGGAGCAUUGCCACAUUCCAGGACACAACAUCCCUUCCGGCGGAAAUGGCCUCGGAGCAAAGGAAUGUGAAGUCGGUCUGGGGCUCCACAACGAAGCUGGAAUGAAGCGGAGGGCUCUGGAUCGGGUGGAGACGUUGGUGGAUGAGAUGGUUGGGAUGAUCUUGGGUUCGACAGAAGGCGGAUUCGUUCGCGCCCGCAAGUCGGAGGAGGCCGAAGAAGAGAAGGAUGAAGUCGUUCUGUUCGUGAAUAACCUUGGUGGGAUGUCGCAGCUUGAGAUGGGGGCUCUUGUGGACGACGUUCCCACCCGCCUUGCUCGGUCCCGAAUCUACCCCCGUCGUAUCUAUUCUUCGUCCUACAUGACCUCCCUGAACGCACCUGGCUUCUCCAUCUCUCUACUCAACGUCUCCGCCGUCCAAAAAACCUACCAUACUCAAAUUCACAACAACACCAGAGUGGCAUCUGAAUUCGCAAGAUAUCCUCUCAUCGAUCUCUACGAUCUACUCGAUGCACCCACCGACGCCCCUUUAUGGCUUGGUGUCCGUGCUCACUGGCCAUCGACACCUACACCCGUCGACUUCAAGGCCGACAUCGCAGAUCGUAUCCUCGGAAGCCUUCAACCUACCCAGCUGGCGAAUGUUGAGCCAGAGGAAAGACGGAGAAGGUCAGGAGAUGGGAUCACCAAAGCUGCUCUUCGCGGCGCCUGCAAGAACGUUCUGGCCGUCGAGACGGAGCUGACCGCCUUCGAUACGAUCGUUGGCGAUGGUGAUUGCGGAGCUACGUUCGCCCGUGGCGCAAAAGCUCUCUUAAAAGCCUUAGACGAGAACCAAAUCACUCUCGACUCAGAAGGUCUAGGCGAUACCGUUCAAGAAAUUGCCGACCUUCUGGAAGAUUCCAUGUGUGGUACUAUCGGAGCUCUGUUUGCCAUCUUCUUGACAGCUCUCUCCUCGUCACUUCGCACUGUUAGCCCUACCCAAGGCUCUACCAACGCCAUCGAAACGUGGUCCACCGCUUUGUCACAAGCUCUAUCUGCCCUCUCGGCCUACACGCCCGCCAGGCCAGGCGAUCGUACGAUCGUCGAUGCCAUCUACCCUUUCGUGAACGCUCUCUCGGCCUCGGCCUCCAGCACCGGAUCGACCUCAUCGGUACAAGAGGUCCUCGUUCAUUCGGUCGCUCAGGCACGUGAAGGCGCUGAGAGGACGCGUGGGAUGAAAGCAAGACUCGGGCGGGCGGCAUAUCUUAGUGGCACGGAUGCAAGUCGAGGGGGUGGUGGACAGGAACUUUGGCCGCCAGAUCCGGGCGCUUGGGGCGUCGCUGCGAUCUUGGAAGGACUUGUAGAUGGGUUGCGUGGAAGACUCGAGCAAGAUGGAGGGGGUGAUGCUGUCGGGCCGAAGGUGUCGAAUUGA